AUGGAUGAGUCUACAGACACCACAAAUGCAGUAGCCCCUGAUUUUGAUGUGUAUGGUGCCAUGGACUGGAAUGAUGGUGUUGGAACCUUACCUGGGAGUGAGCUAAAGGUACAGAUCACCACAAUAGCCAAAAAGAUUCAAUGUUGUCAUAUAUAUAUAUACAUCUUUUUUUACAUGUGUUAUACCUAGCAGAAAAAGGAAACAUUAUAAUGAAAUUGAAUGAGCCAUUUUUGUAAUGACAAAUGCAAUGUUAUAUAUAAUUGUAUACAUCAUAAAUUGUAAAAAUCGUAAUUAGUUUUAGUUUUUCCUGACCAGGUCUCAUGGCCCUAAUCACAGUAUUCAUCUAAAUAUAAUAUGCCAUUACUCCUCACGUGUGUGUGUGUUAUGUUCAUCAGUUUAAGGUGAAUGAGUUUGGAGUCUUGGAGGUCCUAUCAGAGGAGGGUGAUGAUGAGAGGGUAAAGAAGGCUCAAGCCACCACUACAUGGAUAGUGCCCACUGCUCAGGAGGGUAAGAUGGCAUGGUUCAGUGUAUACAACUUUGAUAUGCUCCCAACAGGGAUAUAUUUGUGAGAUGUAAGCCUACACAUGUACAAUGUUUGUAUCCCCAUUGGGAUCUUACAUAAUAUGCACCUGUCUCUCUAGCACCUGACCUGCUGGGAUGUGCAUAUAUUUUCUCUUUCAUGUUUCUCUUUCAAGUAGGCAUGUUUAACUGACAGUUUUCACUACCUUAUCAUAUACCAUGCAUGCAGUCUUCAAGAAACUACUGGACAUCAGUAGUGGUGGCUUUGUUUUUAUGACUAGUCACAACACCAGAUAAUUACAUCAGGUAACUGUGCUGUCUGAAAUAUGUUUUCAUCUUUUAGUUUAGGAUACCUCUGAUAUACAGUGAGGGGAAAAAAGUAUUUGAUCCCCUGCUGAUUUUGUACGUUUGCCCACUGACAAAGACAUGAUCAGUCUAUAAUUGUAAUGGUAGGUUUAUUUGAACAGUGAGAGACAGAAUAACAACAACAACAAAAACAAAACAAAAAUAAAUCCAGAAAAACGCAUGUCAAAAAUGUUAUAAAUUGAUUUGCAUUUUAAUGAGGGAAAUAAGUAUUUGACCCCUCCGCAAAACAUGACUUAGUACUUGGUGGCAAAACCCUUGUUGGCAAUCAUCAGACGUUUCUUGUAGUUGGCCACCAGGUGUGCACACAUCUCAGGAGGGAUUUUGUUCCACUCCUCUUUGCAGAUCUUCUCCAAGUCAUUAAGAUUUCGAGGCUGACGUUUGGCAACUCGAACCUUCAGCUCCCUCCACAGAUUUUCUAUGGGAUUAAGGUCUGGAGACUGGCUAGGCCACUCCAGGACCUUAAUGUGCUUCUUCUUGAGCCACUCCUUUGUUGCCUUGGCUGUGUGUUUUGGGUCAGUGUCAUGCUGGAAUACCCAUCCACGACCCAUUUUCAAUGCCCUGGCUGAGGGAAGGAGGUUCUCACGCAAGAUUUGACGGUACAUGGCCCCGUCCAUCGGUGGGGAUGGUGUUCUUGGGGUCAUAGGCAGCAUUCCUCCUCCUCCAAACACGGCGAGUUGAGUUGAUGCCAAAGAGCUCGAUUUUGGUCUCAUCUGACCACAACACUUUCACCCAGUUCUCCUCUGAAUCAUUCAGAUGUUCAUUGGCAAACUUCAGACAGCCCUGGUUAUGUGCUUUCUUGAGCAGGGGGACCUUGCGGGCGCUACAGGAUUUCAGUCCUUCACGGCGUAGUGUGUUACCAAUUGUUUUUAUUGGUGACUAUGGUCCUAGCUGCCUUGAGAUCAUUGACAAGAUCCUCCCGUGUAGUUCUGGGCUGAUUCCUCACCGUUCUCAUGAUCAUUGCAACUCCACGAGGUGAGAUCUUGCAUGGAGCCCCUGGCCGAGGGAGAUUGACAGUUAUUUUGUGUUUCUUCCAUUUGCGAAUAAUCGCACCAACUGUUGUCACCUUCUCACCAAGCUGCUUGGCGAUGGUCUUGUAGCCCAUUCCAGCCUUGUGUAGGUCAACAAUGUUGUUCCUGACAUCCUUGGAGAGCUCUUUGGUCUUGGCCAUGGUGGAGUGUUUGGAAUCUGAUUGAUUGAUUGCUUCUGUGGACAGGUGUCUUUUAUACAGGUAACAAGCUGAGAUUAGGAGCACUCCCUUUAAGAGUGUGCUCCUAAUCUCAGCUCGUUACCUGUGUAAAAGACACCUGGGAGCCAGAAAUCUUCCUGAUUGAGAGGGGGUCAAAUACUUAUUUCCCUCAUUAAAAUGCAAAUCAAUUUAUAACAUUUUUGACAUGCAUUUUUCUGGAUUUUGUUGUUGUUAUUCUGUCUCUCACUGUUCAAAUAAACCUACCAUUAAAAUUAUAGACUGAUCAUUUCUUUGUCAGUGGGCAAAUGUACAGAAUCAGGUAUGAGAAUCAGUCAAAUUGAGCUCAAAGCUAAGAAAGUGAUGAAUCAUUAUCUUUAAAAGUGGUCAGCUGUCAGCUAUCUAUUUGAACAUUUCUGAUUAGGCCUUCAAUGUAUGUCUUAGUUUAGCUCGUGGCUAUAUUGUUGUUAAAAAAUAUCAAACAGAGUAUGCAUGGGAUCCUUUGACAUUAUUCCAUUACUCUGUUCUUAUUGACCCUGAGCUUAGAAACUUUUCAUUAGCCACACAGGAGAUGGGUGAGGAUGACUUUGCGACUCUCUCUCUCUCUCUCUCUCUCUCUCUCUCUCUCUCUUCUCUCUCUUUCUCUCUCUCCUCUCUUCCCUUUCUCUCUCUCUCUCCUUCCCUUUCUCUCUCUCUCUCCUUCCCUUUCUCCCUCUCUCUCCUUCCCUUUCUCUCUCUCUCUCCUUCCCUUUCUCUCUCUCUCUCCUUCCCUUUCUCUCUCUCUCACUCCCUCCCCAGCCCUCUCAGACAGCGUGUCUGUGGCAGUGAAAGAGGAGAGGCAGGAGGGGCAGUGGGUCCAGAGAGGCCGUGUGUGUGUGCGCUGCCAGAGGACGGGCUCCCCCGUGGACUUCCUGUCUGACUGCCUUCACUGCAGCGAGCGCUGUCUGCAGCAGGACCAGCAGGAGUGAGUGGGCUGGGGAGGACUAGAGAUUGAUUAGGGUGCAGAGGGUCUGGUCUGGUCCUAACUUCAGUUUCUGCCUGAUGCAGUGGGAAAAUAUGAUGCUACUUUCUGGUAGUUGAACUGGUGUUUAUUGUGCUUAUGAGGUUAUUCCUUUUGUAAUAACUUUCCCUUAUGUACAGUGCACUGAAAUAAUAGAAGUGACAGACUCACAUAGUCAAUGUUGAUAUCAUACACUGAUGUCAAAUGAUCAUGUUCAAACUAUUUUGAAACACAAAUAUAUAUAAAAACAUUUUUUACUGGUAUCGUAUUUUCUAUUUCUCAAUGUGCUUAUAUGAACAACUAUAAACAUCCUUCAUAUGCUUAAGAAAAUCAAUGAGUCUCCCUCCUAUAAUUUCUUUGGGCCAGCCAUCCUAUGCAGAUUGGAAGUCAGGAAUAAUUGAUCAGUUAGUUAAUGUAAAGACUGGCGGUGAUGCUAAUGCAUGCUCUGAGCUGGAGAGAGUGAGAGCCAGUGCUGCAUUGCCGUGGGCCCCAUGUAUCCAUUGUCUUAUAGGAGGAGAAGCUGCCAACAGAACGUUACAUCUUAAAGUGGUAUUCCCUCUGUGGAUUUACUACUGCCAUGGCAACAGAGAAGGGAAAAAACUGCCUAUACAUCCUAUAAUAAACAAUUAAUUACACUUAAUUAGAAACAUUUUGAGUUAGAUUACAAUAAAAAACAAAAGUUUGAUUUAGACCAUUAAUAGCUGAUGAUGAUGAUACGAUUAUACAUAGGCAGCCGGUCCCAUGAAUAAGUCAAUGUAGGCGCAAUGCGUUAUGAAUAUGAAAUACAUGUGGUCCCCCUGUACAUUUACGACUUGAAAAUGCAUGUAUUAACUCAGUCUACCAGUAGUAACACAAUCUGUCUCAUUCAAUUAUUUUCUGCCCUGCAUCUCAUUAGUUCAUUUUUAUAACAAGAAUAUGCAGGGAAUGAACACUGUUUUGUGCUGGUCAUACUUUAGAUAUUUUGCAGAAACAUUUGCCAGUUCAGAUAUUUCUGAAACUAUAGUUUCUAAGAAUUAUAAUACUUUUUGCAUAACCUUUUACUACUAGUUUCUAAAUCGCUGGUACUCUAUAUUCUUUCCACUGCAGUGAGCUGAAGCUGAAGAAAGAGGUGUCUAAGAGCAAUGGGGAGGUGGUGGGGGUCAGCCGUAAGAGGCCUCUUCAGCAGGACAAGGAGAGCCUAGCAGACAAGAUGGAUACCACAGAGGUCCUGCCUGAGGACCAUGAUGAGGACUAUGUCAGUAUUACUUUAUACUCCAAGGAAGAUAAUGUUGUUAUCUGGAAUUCUUAUCUAUGCUUUCCCCCCCACACACUUUUACAGACAUUGUGUACCUACUAAAUCACUCCCAACAUUUAAAGAAAUGUACUGAUAUUUCUUGAUAUUUCAUCACAUUUUGUAGAUAUUGCUUAUGUGAUUUAAAGACGUUAUAGACAAAUAGUUCCAGAGCUCUGUCUGUACAUUUUUUGCAUCACUCCAGAUUGCAAAAGAUUGUGAGGGAUGAUACAUUAGCCUUGCAUGCCUUUUACUGCUGAGGUGUCAUAACUCAUACUAAAUUAAUGACUCACAAAAUGCUGUGACCUGAUUGGUGCUGAAAACUCUCUGAUAGUCUCUGAUUUAUCAUUAAUGUUUCAAAAUGGAAACAUGUAAAUUAAUACACAAAUUCAGAAUGAUUUCCAUACUACCUCAUAAACACUGUCCUGAUUGCCUGCACCAAAAUAUCACAUUGCUCUAGUCUAUACUGUAUUUGUGAGUAUUCUUAGUUUUAUUAGAAUGUUCCUGAAUUUUCUAGUGUUCUAUUGUGUAAAUCAAACAGGAGGAGAAAGACAGCAGGAAGACGACGCGUGGAGCUCCGCGAGGCAGGAGGAAACGGAAGGGGGAUGCAGCCCUGCUGAGACACAGUAAGUAGAAACAGGCAGUGGAAGGGACACCUGUGAGGGGUGUUUGUGUCCCAAAUGGCACCCUAUUCCCUAUGUAGUGCGCUAUGGGGCCUUAUCAAAGGUAGUGCACUAUAUAGGGAAUAGGGUGCCAUUUGGGACUGUCUCUUAGGACAGAAUCUUCUCACUAUUUCCCAAUCACUAAAUUGAUAUAAUCACUGACAUUGCACACACACAAACUGUAUGUAAUGUAAUUUAUUGCUUGUUACAAUCCAAUCAUUAUUUAUGGCAGCUGUUCCAUAUGGAGGGAAGAAGAAGUCUUGGUGUUGGGCCUCCUAUCUGGAACAGGACAAAGCCAUUGCUGCCCCCACUAAACUGUUCAAAGAGGUGAGCUAUCAUACCCCUCAGGCCUGUCUAGAAUUGGUUAUUAACUGAGGUCUAACCUAUUAUCAUUCUCUGUUUCCUUCGAGUCAUUCUAAUCUUUCUUCUAUUUCUCCUUUACAGCUUGUCAUUCAGGGUUAAGAUGCAAUUUCACAUCAAGGCCUACAUUGUGUCCUGCAUGUUUAGAGUUAAUUUAUUCAACUCAUUAACCAUAUUAUUCUUUGCCUACAGCAACACUGUUAAGUUCAUUAUUUAUUCUCCAUAAGUCUGGGAAUAUGUAUUUUAAAGGAAUUAUGUCACGUUUUCCUUUCAGCACCAGGCCUUCCCCCAGAGUAAGAAUGGAUUCCGGUUGGGUAUGAGGCUGGAGGGUGUGGACCCAGAGCACCCCUCCAUGUACUGUGUGCUCACAGUAGCUGAGGUAACCUCUCACCUCGACUCAUCAUCGCUGCCCUCUCAGAGGAGUCUAAACUCAUGUCAUUGAUAUCUUCAGCUUUGGGAAGAUCUGAAGCAACGUCUGCAUUGUCAUUGUUCUUGUUCCAGUGCAUAGCAAUAGUUGUGAUCACUAACAUGUACUGUAUGUGUUGCUAUGCAAUGGCAUUUAGUAAAUGACAGUAUUUAUAAGACCAUAAAUGCUUGUUUGGUUUGAAUUAUGUCCACUUCUCUCUACUUAAUCUCUGUGUAGCAAACACAGGAUGAACAUGUUAGGAAUGAAGAUGCUUAAUGCUUCUUCCAUGUUUAGGUUUCAGGACACCGAAUACGGCUUCACUUUGACAAGAACUCGGACUGCUAUGACUUCUGGGUGAAUUCCAACUCUGCAGACAUCCACCCUGUGGGAUGGUGUGAGAAAACGGGACACAAGCUUCACCCCCCCAAAGGUAAGAGACAUGCUACCUUCGACAGAUACCACCUGGAAAAUUUAUUGCUUGACAUUUUGGAUGGGAUAUUUUCAAACUGUUACUGUAGCACUCCCUCAUCUUCUGCUCAUUUGUAUUUCCUUACUGCUGUAUUUGUUUUAUUGCGCACCAUUUUUCUUUCCUACAGAUGUAGGAUCUUAAUUUGAGCCAGUUUGCUUCAACAGGAAAUUUGAAUUAUUAUGUUGAUAAUUAUCAUUAAUGGCCAUUUUUGUAGGGGUUUAUACAUUUUUCAUAAGGGAAAAUCAAGUCUGACAUUUCAAAGUAUAAAUUACAAACUUCAGAAGCCUUUUCUUUUUUUUUACCUCAAAUACACUACACGUUUUAAAUGUCCUGCAUUGCAGGAAAGUUCUCCUGCAACAGGGUGAUCAAAUUAAGAUCCUACAUCUGUAUGUGAGACUAGUCAUGUAGGGAUGGUUACAGUGGGCAUACUUGGGCAUGAAUUUGACAAGCAGGUGUGUAAGCAGGUUACCCAUGGCAACAGGAAAACUGAAAAACAGUACUCAACUAUUUUGAAAACACAAAGAACACAAAGAUUUUAUUUAUACGACAUACUUGAAAUUGAACCAGCGAUAUUUAAUGAGGAGUAAAAUAAUUCCCCCCCAGUUCUUUAUGGAAACGUGAAUAUAAUCCUUGUCAUUUCUCUAUGGAUGGACAGGUAUGAAGGAUGAGGAGUUCAGCUGGUCGUCGUACAUCAAACAGAGCAAAGCCCAGGCAGCUCCCAAGGCCCUGUUUGAGAAUCAGAACACGGUAAGAGAAGCCUACAGACCUAGAUUAGACCGGGGACACACUCCGAUGCAUGAACACAAAUGAAAUCGACAUACAUCAUUGUCCAUUUUUGACCGUCAAAAGUACAACUCAAGUCAACUAUUUCUGGACGAGUUGUAUCAAUUUUUUGUCAGUCAUCUCCGUUGUCAUUCAUCCGGCAACAGAUGACUCCCAUUUAAAAAGCAUUGGCUCCAUCCGAAAUUCUCAGACACAAAAUCCCAAUGUGUCCACUUUCAUAUUGCGUUAAUAGUAGUGUUUUACCACCACUAGGUGGAACUGUUUAGUUUAGUUAGACUACACAUCCUUCACUGAAGUACAGUACUUGACAUCAGCCCAUACAACAUAGAUAUGAUGCAGAUGCAUGAGCAGUUUAAAGGGUUUAAAGUACAGUUACAGGAUCUUAAUUUGAGCCAGUUUGCUACAGCAGGAAAAUAAUCCUGCAGCAACAGGAAAUGUGAAUUAUUAUGUGGAUUAUAAUUAAUUGACUUUUUUUAAAUACAUUUUUCAUAAGGGGAAAUCAAGUCUGACAUUUCUAAGUGGAAAAUUCCAAACUUCAGAAGCCUUUUAAACCUCAAGUACACUACAAGUUUAAAAUGUCCUGCAUUGCAGGAAAGUUCACCUGCAACAGGGUGAUCAAAUUAAGAUCCUAUAUCUGUAGUGUUAUGGAUGAACCAAAUGUGAGCUUUUGUCUCUGAGUAACUGUCCUAUUUUUAUUUUCCAGACUGUCACCCCACUUUCAUAUUGCUUUGAUACUAGUGUUUUACCACCACUAGGUGGAACUGUUCAGUUUAGUUAGAUUUUCCACCCAGGUUUACACAUCCUUCAUUGAAGUACAGUACUUGACAUCAGCACAUUCAACAUAGAUAUUACGCAGAUGCAUGAGCAGUUUAAAGGGUUUAAAGUAGGGUUAUGGAUGAAGUAACUUUUGUCUCUGAUUAACUGUCCUAUUUAUAUUUUCCAGACUGUCACCCCUUUAGGAUUUAGAAUUGGGAUGAAGCUGGAGGCCAUUGACAAGAAAAACCCCUCCUUCAUCUGUGUUGCCACAGUAACAGACAUGGUGGACAGUCGAUUCCUGGUGCACUUUGAUAACUGGGAUGAGAGCUACGACUUCUGGUAAUGUCUAACUUUGUGAUUACAUUUCCUUCAGUACUCAAAAUCAAAUCACUGUAUCAUCAUCAGCAGUGAUUUGUGUUAACUGAUGCCAGAUCAUAGUCAUAUUUGGAAUUUGUGUUGGUGUUGCAGAAUUGGGCACUAGAUGGUGGUAGAUUAUUACAACAGAAGGUUUGUGUCUGGGAGGAAAAAAACAUUGCCUCUUACAAAAGUGUUUGUUAUUCAUAUUUUACACAAGCAAACAAGCUACAUCACUUAAUCUGCAUAAUUGCUUUUAGAUUUGGAAGACAAAAAUGUCUGUACCAUGAAUUAUUAUUUUGACACUCGCACGCACAUCACUUUUCUCACAAUUAUUUAGUCUUAAGUUUUUCCCAUUUAAUUUGUUUCUUAUUGCAUUUCUUUGGCUCUGUCUGUUGAGACAUUGAGAGUUGUGAGAGUUCUCUUUUCUCACAAUUCUUUAGGCCUCCGUUUUCCCCAUCAAUUUUCAUCACUCCAACCCUUGUUGAUUGUCACCAUUGUUUGGCUUUUUCUGACUGAGAAUUGCGUGUGUGGUUACAGUCGUUACUGUGGUUUCAUGCCCACUCUGACCUCUCCCAGCUGUGGAUUUAGACUGCCAGCCAGGAGGAAGUCCUGAUCUGCACGAUACAAGAGCUUGUAUUGGCUGAAUUAUGGAUGAUCACCAAUAAAUGUCAAGGAGGAGAGGAGAGGGAAAGAGUGGAGCCCGGUGCGGUUAAAAUAGGAGCAGACUCACAGAGGGAGAUGACUCUCUCACACGUGGUGUCAUUACGUAUCACAUCAGCCAGUCACAGCCAGUCUCAGCCAGUCACAGCCAGUCACAGGCCUCUCCAACAUCACAGCUCGGGCCAGAGAGCAGCUAAACCACUCCACUCUGCUCUGUUCCACCCUGGCCUGGCCAGAGAGUAGGACACUAGGACUUUGUCAUCCCUUAAAGGAGUAGUUCACUAUUUUACAAUUUGAUGUUAGAUGGUUCCUCACCCUGAAAAUAGUCUAUGGGCCAGGAGAGACUGUAAUCCAUGGUUCAGUUCUCUUUAAACAGCCACUACACACUUCAGAUAACUUUAGCCACCACAAACAAUCAAUGGAAUUGAUAGGGGCAUGAGAGCGUGUUAAUUUUUGUGUGGCCAAAUCACCUUUAAGUAACAUCAAACAAAAUAUGGAGUUGAUUUGAAAUGAUUUCAGAUGGUUUGGACAUAAUUUUUUAAAACAUGCUCACAUGCCCCCAUCAAAUCCAAUCUUCUUAUAUACAUUUUGUUUUUUUGCCUGUGCUGAAGACAUCUAUAUAUCGGUCUGCUAAUACAGGAUUAGUAAAGGCCCAGUGCACUACUUUUGUGAAUAAAGUUUAACAAAAUGUAUUUUUAUUUGAAUGUUUACCAGCAUUUGUAACUUGAGUCUGAUAAUUACCUGUACUAAACACUUAAUCUGAUCAAUUAUAAAGUAAUAUAAAGAUGCUUGAUAUAUGACGAGUAAAAAUAACAUGACUAUAUACAGGGAGUACCAGUAUCGAGUCGAUGUGCAGGUGUACGAGGUAAUUGAGGUAGCUAUUUACAUAUACUGUAGGUAGGGUUAAAGUGACUAGGCAACAGGAUAGAUAACAGACAGUAGCAGCAGCUGGUAGCCAUUUUAUUAGCUAUUUAGUAGUCUUGUUUAGCAGUCUUAUGGCUUGGGGGUAGAAGCUGUUCAGGGUCCUGUUGGUUCCAGACUUGGUGCACUGGUACCGCUUGUCAUGCAGUAGCAGAGAGAACAGUCUGUGGCUUGAGUGGCUGGAGCCUUUGAUGAUUUUUUUAGCCUUCCUCUGACACCGCCUGGUAUAGAGGUCCUAGAUGGCAGGGAACUCUGCCCCAGUGAUGUACUGGGCCGUACUCACCACCCUCUGUAGCACCUAGUAGCUGUUUAAAGAAAACGGAACCCUGGAUUACAGUUUCUCUUGGCCCAUAGACUACUUUCCGGGUGAGGAACCAUCUAAUAUCAAGUUGUAAAAUAGUGAACUACUCCUUUAAAGGCCCAGUGCAGUCGAAAACAUGAUUUUCCUGUGUUUUAUAUAUACAUUGAGUGUACAAAACAUUAAGGACACCUUCCUAAUAUUGAGUUGCACCCUCCCCCUUUUGCCCUCAGAAGAGCCUCAAUUCGUGGGCCAUGUUGACUCCAAUGCUUCCCACAGUUGUGUCAAGUUGGCUGGAUGUCCUUUGGGUGGUGGACCAUUCUUGAUACACACGGGAAACUGUUGAGUGUGAAAAACCCAGCAGCGUUGCAGUUCUUGAUACAAACUGGUACGCCUGGCACCGACUACCAUACCUCGUUCAAGGGCUCUUAAAUCUUUGGUCUUGCCUAUUCAUCCUCUGAAUGUCACACAUACACAAUCCAUGUCUCAAAUUUCUCAAGGCUUAAAAAUCUUUCUUUAACUUUGUCUACACUGAUUGAAGUGGAUUUAGCAAGUGACAUCAAUAAGGGAUCAUAGCUUUCACCUGGAUUCACCUGGUAAGUCUAUGUCAUGGAAAGAGCAAGUGUUCCUAAUGUUUUGUACAUUCAGUGUAUUUCCACACUAUGAGGUUGGAAUAAUACUGGGAAAAUGAUGAUAAUGCCAUUUUAGUGUAAGAGCUGUUGCAAAGACCGCCUGAAAUUUCUGCCUGUUUUGGUGAGAGUUUUGGCCAAUAACAGCUACUUUUCAGUUUUCCCCUCCCCACUCAGACCACUUUCAGACAGUCCUAGCAAAAUUCUUGCUUGAGAAAUUGCUCUUGUUAAGAAGCUAUUUUAGUUUAUUUUUUACCAAUUUAAUUGAAAACAGUCGCAGUAAGGUACUUAAUUGUUACCCAGAAAUGAUUUGAUAUUGAGAUAAAAACGUCUGCAUUGCACCUUUAAACAAGCUUACUGUAACAACACUGACCACUGAGGUGGAAACAAUGACAACCCUCAAAUGAGAUUAUCCACACUGGCACACCACAAUAGGGAUUGGUUUUACAGUAUGUUGAGUACAUGCUGAAAUAAUAAACAGUUUUACUCUCCAAAGAUAUUUCAGUAACAGCCUAUUGGACAAGUAAGGAGAGUUGCAAUAUACUGACCAGAGAAGCAAGCCCCUUGCAAUUUAUCCAGCAUUGCCGAUGCAAUGACGGCAUCAUAACAGUAUUAAUACCUGUAGUUGUACCUAAACAAUGCUACUCAUCAGGUCAAUGAUGUGCCCUCCAUCAUUCAGUGAUAGAUGAAUGUUGUCCUACUGAUGUUUAUCGUGCAGAGAGGUAUUUGUGGGAAGCUGUGAGAGAAGCGUCCUUUUCUCGCCCUGACACAUCAAAGUGUAUGUUGCAUAACAUGCCAUCAUGGCUAAAUGUACGGGUAAUCACUCAGAAAUAAGGUGGCUGAUGCCACAGCCCCCUGCAGCUCUCUGAUUCAGAGUUUAUUUUAUAUAUUUUUUAUUUUACCUUUAUUUAACUAGGCAAGUCAGUUAAGAACAAAUUCUUAUUUACAAUGACGGCCUACACCGGCCAAACCCGGACGACGCUGGGCCAAUUGUGCGCCGCCCUAUGGGACUCCCAAUCACGGCCGGUUGUGAUACAGCCUGGAAUCGAACCAGGGGGUCUGUAGUGACACCUCAAGCACUCAAGCAUUGAGCACUGAGAUGCAGUGCCUUAGACCGCUGCGCCACUCGGGAGCCCACUCGGGUUGGGUUGAAUGUGGAAGACACAUUUCGGUUGAGUGCAUUCAGUUGUGCAACUGACUAGAUAUUCCCUUUCCCUCUUAACGGCUAGGCAACCUGCCACCAAGGGAAUAUGAAAUGGGGAAAUGUUACAUUGGUGAGCAGAUGGCAUUUUUACUACUGUCCUUCUCCUGCUCUUCUGUAGGUGUGAUGCAACCAGUCCCUACAUCCACCCAGUGGGCUGGUGUCAAGACAACAACAGGAUUCUCACGACCCCUCCAGGUGACAUACUAACUCCUGUCAAUCAUUAUUGUCACUAUUUGUCCUGUAGAUACCAGGAUAUAGUGUGUAAUGAUGAUUGACCAUACAGUUAUUAGAGUAAAACAACACAUGGAAAGUUUCCAAACAGAUGAUCUGAUCUAUACAUUAUGUUAUUCCACUGUGGAGUAGACAGAUGGUUUCGAGUGACAGAAAGCACAAGGGACUUUACCCGCCCACACACACACUACAUAAUAAAGCAUAUAGUAAAAACAUGCUCAAUCUGGAUCAAUCUUUUUCAUUGCUCUUCCCUCUAGUUUACCCCAGUGUCAAGGAUUUCUCCUGGGGAAAGUAUCUGGAGGAGACCAACUCAUCACCGGCCCCUGCCAGGGCUUUCAAAGGGGUGAGGCUGUCUCUCUGUCCUCGGCCCGUAAGACGAUGUGGCAGCCCCACAUCCACAUCUCAACACCAUUUACUAGAGUAGCCUAGCUGGCUGUCUGCCUGCUGCAGAAUGAAAUGCUGCCUCACACCCCCCUCUCCCUCUACAGAAACCCCCCCACAGCUUCCUGCCACUCAUGAAGCUGGAGACGGUGGACAAGAGGAACCCCAUGCUUGUCAGAGUGGCCACCGUGGUAGACACUGACGACCACAGGAUCAAAGUGAGAACAUAUCUAUCACUCUCUGUCUACUUUAAACCUCUCCUCGGGGACCCCCAGCCGUUCCAUGUCUUUUAUCUAUUCCAGAGCUAGCACACCUGAUUCGACUUGUUAACUAAUCAUCAAGCCAAUGAGUAGGUGAAUCAGGAGAGCUAGUUCAGGGCUAAAACAAAAUAUUGAAACGUCUGGGGGUCCUCGAGGAGAGGUUUGAGAAACUGAUCUAUCUGACCCCUGUCACUGUGUCUAUCAUUAUCUAUCUGUGUCUAUCUGACCCCUGUGUCUACCGGUAUCUACAGUAUCUGCACUCCACACUGGAUUCAUUCAACAUGGCAGUGUCACUCAGCUGUAGCAACACUUCUAUCUGUGUCAAUAACUACGAAUGUGCCCUUCCUCUUAUCACUAGUUUGUAGCUCAGACCUGGAGAUGAGUUUUACCAGGUGUUGUGUGUGGUUCAGUUCAGCUGUACAGUAGGAUUAGCCAUUACAUCACUUAUCUGUACUGUGAACUACAGUAUGUAACUUUUUUAAUCUGAAAGAGUAUAAUCCUAGAUUACAGAAUUAUAUGCCUAAUCCGAGCCCUGUAUAGCGCCUACAGCGGGGGAAAAAAGUAUUUAGUCAGCCACCAAUUGUGCAAGUUCUCCCACUUAAAAAGAUGAGAGAGGCCUGUAAUUUUCAUCAUAGGUACACAUCAACUAUGACAGACAAGUUGAGCAUUUUUUUUCCAGAAAAUCACAUUGUAGGAUUUUUAAUGAAUUUAUUUGCAAAUUAUGGUGGAAAAUAAGUAUUUGGUCACCUACAAACAAGCAAGAUUUCUGGCUCUCACAGACCUGUAACUUCUUCUUUAAGAGGCUCCUCUGUCCUCCACUCGUUACCUGUAUUAAUGGCACCUGUUUGAACUUGUUAUCAGUAUAAAAGACACCUGUCCACAACCUCAAACAGUCACACUCCAAACUCCACUAUGGCCAAGACCAAAGAGCUGUCAAAGGACACCAGAAACAAAAUUGUAGACCUGCACCAGGCUGGGAAGACUGAAUCUGCAAUAGGUAAGCAGCUUGGUUUGAAGAAAUCAACUGUGGGAGCAAUUAUUAGGAAAUGGAAGACAUACAAGACCACUGAUAAUCUCCCUCGAUCUGGGGCUCCACGCAAGAUCUCACCCCGUGGGGUCAAAAUGAUCACAAGAACGGUGAGCAAAAAUCCCAUAACCACACGGGGGGACCUAGUGAAUGACCUGCAGAGAGCUGGGACCAAAGUAACAAAGCCUACCAUCAGUAACACACUACGCCGCCAAGGACUCAAAUCCUGCAGUGCCAGACGUGUCCCCCUGCUUAAACCAGUACAUGUCCAGGCCCGUCUGAAGUUUGCUAGAGUGCAUUUGGAUGAUUCAGAAGAGGAUUGGGAGAAUGUCAUAUGGUCAGAUGAAACCAAAAUAGAACUUUUUGUUAAAAACUCAACUCGUCGUGUUUGGAGGACAAAGAAUGCUGAGUUGCAUCCAAAGAACACCAUACCUACUGUGAAGCAUGGGGGUGGAAACAUCAUGCUUUGGGGCUGUUUUUCUGCAAAGGGACCAGAACGACUGAUCCGUGUAAAGGAAAGAAUGAAUGGGGCCAUGUAUCGUGAGAUUUUGAGUGAAAACCUCCUUCCAUCAGCAAGGGCAUUGAAGAUGAAACGUGGCUGGGUCUUUCAGCAUGACAAUGAUCCCAAACACACCGCCCGGGCAACGAAGGAGUGGCUUCGUAAGAAGCAUUUCAAGGUCCUGGAGUGGGCUAGCCAGUCUCCAGAUCUCAACCCCAUAGAAAAUCUUUAGAGGGAGUUGAAAGUCUGUGUUGCCCAGCGACAGCCCCAAAACAUCACUGCUCUAGAGGAGAUCUGCAUGGAGGAAUGGGCCAAAAUACCAGCAACAGUGUGUGAAAACCUUGUGAAGACUUACAGAAAACGUUUGACCAGUGUCAUUGCCAACAAAGGGUAUAUAACAAAGUAAUGAGAAACUUUUGUUAUUGACCAAAUACUUAUUUUCCACCAUAAUUUGCAAAUAAAUUCAUUAAAAAUCCUACAAUGUGAUUUUCAGGAUUUUUUUUCUCAUUUUGUCUGUCAUAGUUGACGUGUACCUAUGAUGAAAAUUACAGGCCUCUCUCAUAUUUUUAAGUGAGAGAACUUGCACAAUUGGUGGCUGACUAAAUACUUUUUUUCCCCACUGUAUAUUUCCAAAUUUCUGACUGAUGUAAUAAAACUCCACAUAGAAACUUGGAGGGAAAUGUAGUCUUUAUGAAAGUGUCCUGUAUAUGACAAAUAAGGGAAAGGCACUAAUGUACUGCACAGGGAAUUAAUAUACAAAUUAUUCAAGACCUCAGCAUUGUCACAUCCCAUUGUCCCAGUACAUCAAAUUAACAUCUGCCUGACUUUCUCCCUGAGAUCAUUUUGAGGAGAACUAUAAGCUUCAUGUUCCAUGAACUAUGAAGUGAACAGUAGGUCAGUGUCAGUGGCCAGCCGGCUGCCUGGGGGGAGUCAUGAGGGGAUUGCAUUAUGCUGGGACGUUAAUGCAGGACAUGUAUCUAUCCCCAGAGGGCAGUAGUGUCUCCCCCUCUUCUGUCAUCCCUAUCCUCCUCUUCUAUAACCUGCUGUUAUCAUGUGUCCUGCUGCUCCUGCUGAUGGGCCAUAGAGCAGUCUUACUUUCUCCUGCUGUCUGGCCCUACAGUAUGUCAAUGUCUUUCCCUCAGCCUUACUUAUGUCGAUACUGUUCAGUCAUCUCAGUCUAAACCCUUCUGUCCAUGGAGCAAAAAUAGCCCUUCAUAGCAUAUCUCCACUCUAUACAGUCCCUCAAGUCCUAACCUCUACCUGUCCACCUACUGGAAGAUUACCCUGAUUCAUUUUCUGAUUAAUUCUCAGUUUACAUAUUUAUUCGUGGCUCUACCGACUUCCAGGAGAAUCCUUUUUCAAAUCAUGCGAGACAAAAAUAUUUCAUUUUAUUUGGAAUGGCAAACCAGAUAAAGUUAAACAGACAUAUUUAUAUAACGAACAUGAGUUUGGAGGUUUAAAACAAUUAAAUAUUAAGGCAUUAAACCUCUCUCUUAAAGCCUCCAUUAUUCAAAAAUGAUAUCUAAAUCCAAAAUGGUUACCUGGCCGUGUGGUGCCAGGAUAACAACCUCUCCCUCAACGUGACCAAGACAAAGGAGAUGAUUGUGGACUACAGGAAAAGGAGACUGAAAAGAUUCGGCAUGGGUCCUCAGAUCCUCAAUAAAUUCUACAGCUGCACCAUCGAGAGCAUCCUGACUGGUUGCAUCACCGCCUGGUAUGGCAACUGCUUCCUGCCAUCCAGGACCUCUAUACCAGGCGGUGUCAGAGGAAGGCCCUCAAAAUUGUCAAAGACUCCAGCCACCCUAGUCAUAGACUGUUCUCUCUGCUACCGCACGGCAAGCGGUACCGGAGUGCCAAGUCUAGGUCCAAAAGACUUCUCAACAGCUUCUACCCCCAAGCCAUAAGACUCCUGAACAGCUAAUCAUGGCUACCCAGACUAUUUGCACUGCCCCCAUCUUUUUACGCUGCUGCUACUCUGUUAAUUAUUUAUGCAUAGUCACUUUAACUCUACCCACAUUUACAUAUUACUUCAACUACCUCAACUAGCCGGUGCCCCCGCACAUUGACUCUGCACCGGUACCCCCCUGUAUAUAUAGCCUCCCUACUGUUAUUUUAUUUUACUUCUGCUCUUUCUUUCUCAACACUUUUUUGUUGUUGUUUUAUUUUACUUUUUUAUUAAAAAUAAAUGCACUGUUGGUUAAGGGCUGUAAAUACCUGUUGUAUUCGGCGCAUGUGGCCAAUAAAAUUUGAUUUGAUUUGAUAAGAGAGGCCCAUCCUAUGUUUAAGAGUGGGCUCUUUGGCUUUUUGCAGAUUAAACCCAUACAUUUUUGGUGGAUUGACAAUGGAUCCCUGUUAAUGGCUUCAUUUAAAAGGGAGGAUACUUAAAGAGUUAGCUUUAGCCAUCAGAACAGCCUCAAUUUGUUGGGCCAUGGACACUACAAGGUGUCGAAAGCGUUCCACAGGGAUGCUGGCCCAUGUUGACUCUAAUGCAAGUUGGCUGGAUGUCCUUUGGGUGGUGGACCAUUCUUAAUACACACAGGAAACUGUUGAGCGUGAAAAACCCAGCAGUGUUGCAGUUCUUGACACAAACCAGUGCGCCUGGCACCUACUACCAUAAGCCAUUCAAAGACACUUCAGUCUUUUGUCUUGCCCAUUCACCCUCUGAAUGGCACACAUACACAAUCCAUGUCUCAAUUGUCUCAAGGCUUAAAAAUCCUUAUUUAACCUGUCUCCUCCCCUUCAUCUAUGCUGAAUGAAGUGGAUUUAACAAGUGACAUCAAUAAGAGGUCAUAGCUUUCCCCUGGAUUCACCUGGUCAGUCUAUGUCAUGUAAAGACCAGGUGUUCAUAAUGUUUUGUAUACUCAGUGUAUAAAAUAACAAUUGACACAUCAAUCCGUUCAUUUCAAUUUAAGCUAUUAUAUAAAAUCCUUGCUACAAAAAGAAUGCUCAAUAUAUGGGGCAUUGAACAGUCAGCAUUGUGCAGACUGCCUUGAGGAAACAGAAUCAAUAGAACAUAUUUUCUGGUACUGUCCAUUGGUGGCUCGCUUUUGUAGUCAGGUCCAGGAAUGGUUGUUAUGUCAUAAUAUCAAGGUUCAGAUGGGCCUGCGAACUGUAUUGUUAGGGGAUCUGAAAAAAACACGAUCAGUCAAUGUGAAAUAUCAUUACACUCUUCUGUAAAGUAUUUAUUUUUAGGGCAAUAUCAGUAGAAAUGUUACAAAUAGGGAGGUUCAGGACUCUCGUAAGACAUCACAGUAAAAUGGAGGGAUGUGUUGCAAAAGGAAAUAACAAAAUGACAUUAUACUGGGAAAGAUGGGUUCAUCUAUGGACAUCGGAGGGUUGGAGUUAAGAUCAGAAUGAAUGGUGGAAAAUUAGGAAUAUAUGUAUAAUUAUUUAACUACAUGUACCAUACAUGUGAAUGAAAAUAGCUGUAAGUAGCAGUAGAAGUAUUGUUGUCAGUUAGUUUACUCCAAUCAGCAGAGGUGUGGUAGGGUUGGGGAAAAUAUAUAAAUAAGGGGAAUUAGAAAUGAUGCAAACAAUUAAAUUGAUAGAACCCAAAACCUAUCAACAACAUUAAAGCUGAUCUACGUCCCCCCACACACAAAAAAAACUAAACAAAACAAAUAUAUGAAAUAAAUCCAAACCCCUAAACUGUACUCUACUUUCACUCCUCCAAUUAUAUACAAGCCUUUAGAUGUGAACUGGACCUCUGUCCUAACCUUUAUCUUCCAUCCCCCACCACCACCAUUCCAAGGCAGUGUUCUCUAAAGCUCCUUCCUUCCAUCCCACCACUCCAUUCCAAGGCAGUGUUCUCUAAAGCUCCUUCCAUCCCACCACCACCAUUCCAAGGCAGUGUUCUCUAAAGCUCCUUCCAUCCCACCACUCCAUUCCAAGGCAGUGUUCUCUAAAGCUCCUUCCAUCCCACCACUCCAUUCCAAGGCAGUGUUCUCUAAAGCUCCUUCCAUCCCACCACCACCAUUCCAAGGCAGUGUUCUCUAAAGCUCCUUCCAUCCCACCACUCCAUUCCAAGGCAGUGUUCUCUAAAGCUCCUUCCAUCCCACCACCACCAUUCCAAGGCAGUGUUCUCUAAAGCUCCUUCCAUCCUCACCACCACCACCACCAACACUCUCACCACUCACACACAAACCAACACUACAUGCAUUUCAUUCUCUCAUUGUCCCUUCAACCAUCACAUGCAUUAUCUUACUGCUUCCCCGUCUCCAGUUCCUCUGUAAACCAUCACUUGCUUCAUAUUUCAUGUUGUGUCUUCAACUGUAACAUAAUAAUAGGUGUGUUCAGCCAGGGAGGGAAGCAGGCUGUAGACUAGGAAGGUCUGCCUUCCCACAACUCCCUGGUGUGCUCCUGUCUCUUGUUUGCCCCACACUGUGAAGCACACUCUCAUUGUCAGGAGUGUGAAUCAGAACUGAGGGAGAGAUAGUUAUCAAGUAGGCUGUGUGUCUUCCUCACACAGACAGCAGGGCAAGCCAGCUGUAAGAGGCAGUGCCAGGGGCUUCAGUCUGAGACAAUGCUUGUCAGGUAGACUGGCGCAAUUAGCAGUUAAGCGUCUUACCUCCAAGACAUGUUCUUAUCAUGUCUACCAUGGUUUUGACAAUCUCUUUUCCCCACAUUUCUAUAUUUAGCUAUUUUACUGUUAUUAUUUGUCCUUGGUUUGUGUGUUCCUCUAGAUCCAUUUUGAUGGCUGGGCGGAUGAUUAUGACUACUGGGUGGACACAGACAGUCCGGACAUCCACCCUGCGGGCUGGUGUGCUAAGACUGGCCACCCCCUCCAGCCCCCGAUCAGUGAGUGGCUUUAUGACUCAUCCUAAUCUAUUCAUGUCCAGCUCCCUCCCUCAGUUCCAGACAUACGGUUCCAAGCAGACACACUUAGAGGCAGACCUCCAUUGAUGCUGCUAUUUCUCAUCCCAUUCCAUCAUAAAUGGCAUAAUAUGCUUUCCCUGAUCUGCCAUCAUUAUAUUUAAGGGGUAGUUGAAGCCUUGUUUGUGAAAAGAAUUGCUCAAAAUUACUCAAGAUGUUUGAUGGCUCCUGUGUCCUGGCUCUCUCUGUGGUCAAUAUCCUGUGUUUUGCCAAGAGGAUGCUGGGAGGGGAACAAUGAACUUCCCUCUGCCUCCUCUUCCCCUUCCUGAUCAUUUCUCCCUGUGUAAUGGUGUCCAUGGAAACGUGGAGUGGAGAAGUCAAUGCUGCCGUCAGGUUUCAGAGUACAGAGAUGGGUUCUCAGAGAGAGAGCUACUGCUCCACAUGGCAGCUCACUUGUGUCAUGGGGACAGAUCCAGGGAAAGAUCUGCUUUCUCUCUACCCGUAUGGCUCUCAUUAGUACCAACUCCUUGUGAGGUUGACACCUACUCCUUGUGACUCUGAGGCUAUCCUAAUAUGGACACUUUGACUGAGGCUAUCCUAAUAUGGACACUGUACUUACAUUAGCAUUACAUGAAUCCAAUAGAUUUUGUAACAUUAUUCUAGGAUGGUUUGCCUGAAGUCAUGUAGUGAAUAAUGUCUCACUAGGUAGAUCAAAAUGGAAUAUCUCCCCCUCUCCUCAUCCCCAGGUCCACAGGAGCUGUUUGAGUCGUCAGGGCAGGGCGGAUGUCCCACCCCAGGGUGUAAAGGUGUGGGCCACAUCAAAGGAGCCCGCUACUCUGGACACCACAGGUACUCUCUCUCACAGUACAGCACUCAAUCUGGCUGGCCAGUAUUACAAUGACCAUCCACUGGAAACUCACACAUAACACCAACAGGCUUCAUAUCACUACAGGCCGGUGAAUGGUCACUUGUUGCCGGUCAAACUGGGGCUUAUUGCUCAUUGAUCCAACGGUUACAUUAAUUAGCGGAUACUGUAGCAUAGAGAUCUGUGAUGCAAAAGACACCCAAUAUAUGCCUACAGCAGCUGUGUUAGGUCUGGAUGUCAACAGUAUCGGUAUUGUACAUGAUCCACACGUACCUGUAUGCCCUGAGGUGAAGCUGUAUAGAGGCUGUAAAAUUGGCUGUGUGGAGCUAGAAGCACAGCCGUGUAAGCGCAUUAGUGUCACUCCCUACCAUCAGUAUUCAUCACCAUUCUUUCCCUUUUCUCCUAAGAAACCACAUCUCCACUCUCCAUACACCCACAAUGAUGCAUUAGCAUCAGCUGGCAUAAUAACUUCGACGUUGCUGUCUUAUAUGAUAUAGUUACCUGAGGUCAUAGAUACUGCUGUAGAGUCACUUUUUAAUGGGGACACUGUACCAUGGUUCAGUAUCUGUAAUGUAAGCUGAUUAACCUUGGAGUCUGAGUACAUAAUGUAGUUUAUUAAAAUGUAUUUAUGGAAUGAAGGGUGCUUUAUCAGUGUUUGUUGGCAAACCUGGUAUAUUAAACAGGUAGCGCCACAGCUAGCUAUGGACAGAAAUAAUGGGAAAGAGGGAGGAAUGAGAGAGGGAUUAGAGGAGAAUGAGAGAAACGAUUCAAUCUCUCUUCUCUCUCCUCUCGUCAGUCAAAGUGGUCGCAGUUACUCAACCAUCCAUACCCCCAUUUAUAUGCAAAUAUGUUGUUUAUAUAUUUCCAUUUUAGUGGAGUUAAAGUCUGUUUCCCCCUAAGGUAAUGAAAAGUAGUACAUUACACAGGUUGGGGGGUGAUAAUGCAGUGUAAGGAAGUUGUCACAGUCUGCACACUGCCAGUGUCCGCAGCAAAUUCAAUGUUUCCAAAUUGAGAUUCAUCACCCUGGAAUUAAUUACGUCAACCCCAGAAUCUCAGAAUUAUUUGGUUUACUGCAGUGACUACUGAGAAGUACUAGGAACUGUGUAAACUCAUGUGUUUUACGACAACAUCAACGUUUGCCUGAUUAGACAGGAAAGAGAGUCUGUGACACGCUCUCAGUGUGAGACAGCUUCCUUAUUCUCAUGAUUUUGAAUUGCUUUUAUUGAUUCUGUCCCCAAGAACAUUGAUGUGUGAAAUCAUAUCUUGUCUGACGGUGACAUAUGUUAUUAAUACCUUAUUAAGUUAUAAUUAAGUCCUAUUGUGAAGUUGUUAUUACACAAAGUCCUUUUUCUUAAAUCAGUCAUUUGUAAUAAUGUCCAUGUUCUGAUUUGCAGUGCGGUGGGAUGCCCAUACUCUGAUAUCAACAUCAACAAGGACUCAGUGCUGCCAGACCGUCUGAGUGGUGAGAUGCCAGGGUCAGGAGGACUGGGCCGACCCCGACGGGCAGAACCCAACCCAGAGAACCACUCACCAGCUCUCAGUGCAGAGUAAGGACCAAUCAGCUCUUAACUAAUCAACAUUCUCAGACAUUCCCAGACAGACUGAGACAGAUGACAUUUGGCUGAAACUAUGAUUGUGUAGCUUAAUAUUUUGCAAUAUAACUUACUUUCAAAAUUCCUUCAAGCAUUUUAGCGGCUUAACACCCAUAAAAGUGUGAACAGCCCUCAUCUAUUUCUGUCUGAAGUGACUCACAUUCUUAACAGUUCCCUGCCAGCCAUGGCGCUCUUAAUAUGUUCUUUCUGCACAAGUUAAAAGCAAUUUCUCUCUCUGACAAUUUCUUAGCAAGCACUUAAGCGCCAACACAAAUCACCUGGAAAAGCCUGGCAGGGGAGAGAAGGCUGGCAGCGGCAUGGUGAAACCCGCCGGCACAGAGCCCAAGAGG